AUGAUCCGAAAUCCGAAUUACACGAAUUUUGUUUGCUGUGCUGUUUGUAAUAAAAUAAUUCCACCAGCCCCUUUGGGGGAAACCUUCAAACGGAUCCAUGAAUACAAGCCAUUUAAGACACGCUUUUACACUCACAAAGAUAUACUGGAUAUUGGGGCAGAUAUUCUGAAUAAAGAAGAGCAAUUCCAAGAGGAAAUACUCAAAGAACGCAUUGCAAAAGCAGAAGCUGAUGUGUGGGUGCAGGCUGAUAAACGCCAAAAACAAGCAAUCGAGAAGGCACUUGAAGAAGCAAAUGACAAACACAAAAUGAAUAUUCAGAUUCUGGAAGAAGAACAUCAAAAAGACUUACAGGAAAUGGCAGCUAAAACCAAGAUAGAGAUGCACCAAAACAUGGAAGAUGAACUGCAGAGAGAACACCUGGCUGCAGAACAGCGCAUGGUGCAUAGAAUCCAAAGGAUUAUGAUGGAGUGCCACAGGGAGAAGGUCCAGGCUGUGGAGAAGGCCAGGGCUGAAGAGAGACAGAUGGCCCAGGAGGCAAUCCAGGCCCAGAAAAGAAUGGCCAUGGAGGAACUUUUGAAUACUGGUAUAACAGCUAUGAAGGAUCAAAAGAAGAACGUGAGCCAACUGAUAAAAGAAAAAGAACAUGAAAUGAACGUCUACUAUUGUAUGGCUCAGAGGCAGAAGCAAGAAGAGGUUCAGGAAGUGCUCCAAGAGGCAGAGAAGACACAUGAGGCCACACUUGGAAAUGUGAUGGAUAAGCUGGUUAACACCCAGGGGGAGCUGCUGUCCAUAGUGAAACAACUAGGCAUCAUGACAAAUUGGAAGGAUUUCCUGGAGGAGGAAUUGCAGGAAACAAGGGCAGCAUUUCAAAAAUACAUCAAUUAUACAUUUCCUAAGCUUUCACCAGGGCAUGCAGAUUUUCUUCUGCCAGAAAGAAAGAAAACACCUUCCAAUCUUAUUAUUGAGGAGAAUGAAACAACUCUUGAUUAG